AUGCCAAUAAAACGUGCUUUACUUUCUGUAUCAGACAAGACAAGUAUUAUAGAAUUGGCUACAUACUUAUCGCAACAUGGUGUCGAAUUACUCUCUACGGGUGGCACUGCGAAAGCAUUGCGUGAUGCUAAAUUACCUGUAAUUGACGUAUCAACGUAUACGGGAUCACCUGAAAUCAUGGACGGUCGUGUAAAGACAUUGCAUCCUAAGAUUCAUGGUGGUCUAUUAGGUGUGCGUGGUAAUGCACAACAUGAGGCCGAGAUGGCUGCUAAUGACAUUCACAAGAUUGAUCUCGUAGUACUUAAUCUAUACGCGUUUGAAGCAGCAGUAGCCAAUGGUGGAGAUUUUGAUACAUGCAUUGAAAACAUUGAUAUUGGUGGUCCAUCGAUGCUACGUUCAUCGGCAAAGAAUCACAAGGCUGUGGUCAUUUGUUCAAGUCCUACGCAGUACCCUGCACUGAUUCAGGAGCUAGAGACGAAUAAAGACACAUUUAGUACGUCCAUUGACUUCCGUCGCAGUUUUGCUGCUGCUGCCUUCUCUCUGGCGGCGUCCUACGACUCAGCUAUCUCGUCGUGGCUCAAUGGCCAGCUUGGCAGCGCUGCUCCAACCGUUACUCGUGUGUACAAGAAUGAGUUUGCUCUCAAGUACGGCUGCAACCCGCACCAGAUCCCAGCUGCUAUUCUUAGCCGUGUAGGCAGCAACUUGCCGUUUACGGUGCUUAACGGUACUCCCGGUUAUAUCAACUUGCUAGAUGCUGCCAACGCUUACCAGCUUGUCCGUGAGCUGCGUUUGUCACUAAACUUGCCUGCUGCUGCAUCGUUCAAGCAUGUAAGCCCUGCCGGCGCGGCUGUGGCUGUGGACCUUGAGGAAGGCCUCCACGCUGCAUACGAGGUGGGCAACGUGACGCUAACCCCUCUAUCGCUCGCCUAUCUCCGUGCCCGUAACGCCGACCCUCUGUCGUCGUUCGGGGAUUUCGUCGCUGUUAGUGAUGUGGUUGACGAAGCCACUGCUAAGAUUCUCAAGCGCGAGGUGAGCGAUGGUAUUAUUGCGCCUGGCUACGAGCCCGCGGCUUUCGAGAUUCUUAAGGCUAAGAAGAGUGGCAAAUUUAUCGUUCUUGAGGCUGACCCUAACUAUGUUCUUCCGGACGUUGAGUACCGGGAGGUCGCUGGUAUCACGUUUGCCCAGAAGCGCAAUGAUGUUAUCAUUUCGACAGAGAAGCAUUUGGCGGAUGUGCAGACGUUUGGUGCUGGUCCACUGACUGACGCCAAGAAGCGUGACCUUGCUCUUGCCGCUAUCACCCUCAAAUACACGCAGUCCAACUCGGUUGGCUACGCUAAAGACGGUCAGAUGAUUGGUGUCGGCGCCGGUCAGCAGUCGCGCGUGGAUUGCGUAAAGCUUGCUGGCCGCAAGGUCGCCAUUUGGCACCUUCGCCAGCACCCAAAGGUGCAGGGCCUUGCUUUUAAAAGCAGCGUGAAGCGUCAGGAGCGUGUGAACGCGCGAGUGCGCUAUAUCGAAGGUGACAUGGCGCCUGCUGAGCUCAAGACAUUUAAUGCGCUUUUUGAGACUGUUCCGGAACCACUGAUGGCUGCAGAGAAGGAGGAGUUCCUUAAAAUUCUGACGGAUGUAAGCCUCGCGUCUGAUGCAUUUUUCCCCUUUCGUGACUCGAUUGACCACGCGACGAAACUGGGCGUAAAGUUCAUCACGCAGCCGGGUGGCAGCACCCGCGAUGGUGACGUAAAGGCAGCCUGCGAGGAGUUUGGCAUCACGAUGGCUUUCUCCAACCUUCGUCUUUUCCACCAUUAA